UCGCAUAUUCGCUUAGCACUCCUGAAAAAUAUUUCAUAUAAUCUGUGGUUACAUUUAGUACUAUACUGAUCUAGUACGAUGUUAAUUGUUCGCAUACCAUUUAAUUUUUUCUAAUAGUUUUUCUGUUUAGGUAAUCUGGGUUUGGUAUAUGAUGUUUGAUAUUUGACACGGUUGUUUUACAUGGGAUAUUGAUAAACGCUGUAAAUCUUAUAUUGUCUUACAAUAAUACAAUCUUACAUCAAGAGUUAUUUUACAGAAAAUGGAAACAUAAAGAAAAUAAAUUUCGUUCCAAAUCACCCGGGUUGAUGGCACUCCAACAGUUUCCGCCAGUAACAGUCAACAGAUGUCCUGACUCCUGAGAUUACAAAUAAUUAAAAAGGUUUCUAAAAGUGCAUAUACCUACUGAAGAAAUAAUAGCUUGUUUGAAGAUAUCUGAAGGUAUACAAAAACAAUUUAGUUCAAUACUAUAUUUUAAGAAGAACCUUGUUAUUGGCAGAUGUAACAGAUCACACAUGUACAAACCAUAAAUGUACAAUACUAAAUAGAUUUGAGUUAAAUAAAUGUAACACAAUUUAAUCAAAUUUCACCCGUUACACAGAUAUUAUAUAAAAGUGGUCAAUUUUUAUGUUUGAUUCUUGAUGUACAUAUAUAGGAACGUGGAAUAUUAGUAUGGGAAGAAGUUAUUAGAAAAAAUAAUUAUUUCUGAAUAAAAAGCCCAGAAGAAAACUUAAUUCCAAAAACAUGGGUGGAAAAUUAAAAACCGAUGUUAAAAACAAGCUUGAGACUGAAUUUUCCACUUUAUUAUCUGCUGAAAACUCACAGACUGAAAAAUUAGAUCCAUCCAGUAGUAUUCAUGUUAAACAUAUUCCAAUUGUAAAGAAACCUGCUUUAGGUGAUAUAUGGGAUGUAAAUGUGUCAAAUAUAAAUUCAUUUAAAUAUUUCCAUGUACAGAACAUAAACAACUAUGAAUAUAUUCAAUCAAUCUGUUCAGAAUUGAUUAAAUAUGAUUCGACAUCAAAGAAGCUUCCAAAAGUAGGACAUAUAAUUGCUGCACGCGAUUCCAAUGGUGCAUGGUAUAGAGCUAGAGUUCAAAGCAUUACUGAGUUAGGACUAAAUGUAUCCUAUAUUGAUUUUGGAACUUCUAAAGUAUCAGUUACAGAAUAUAAAGAUUUACCAAAAGAACUUGCCAGUAUAAAGCCAAUGGCUUAUCGUUGUUAUUUUAAGAAAGUAUUACAAGAAGAUGAAUAUAUACUAUCAGUUAAAGAUUUAUUUGAUUCUAUUUAUAAUUAUUAUGGUUCUUGUCAAAUAACCGCCACUUUUUUAAGCAAUAAAGAUCCAUAUUUAGUUACAUUAUCACAUAACGGUAAAGAUGUUUUUGAUAUUUUGUACAGUUUAGUUUGGGAUGGUAUUGUUCCUAGCAAAUCUAAUGAUCCAAUAAAUCUUGCAAAACAUAAAAUGCUGAAUCAAAUGUUUUCAAAAUCUAAGAUAGAGGUUGUCCGUGUUGAACCCAUUUUUUCCAUAAAUCAUUUUUAUGUUGAAACUGAAUUCAGCUAUCAAAUUGGCAAGACUAUUGGAACUGAAAUCAAAAAUCAGACAAAAUGGAUUCCGGUAUUACAUCCUGAAGAGGGUCAAAUAGUGAUUGGUAAAAAUACCAAUGAUUUAAAAUUAUAUCGGGCGAGGGUCAUAAAAAAAAACCAAGAUUCUGAAGAGCAUACAUGUUUUUUAAUUGAUUGCGGGAAAUUUGAAAACUGUUUUGAAAUGUUUGAACCCAGUGUUUAUCUACAAACAGCACCUCCAGUCAAGAUACACUGCUCUUUAAAUGUAUCAAUAAAUGUGAGUGAUCAGAUACUGGAAAGCAUGAAUCUUGCUUUUAUUAAUGAAAUAGCCGAAUGCGAGGAAAAAUCAAAAACCAUGAAAAUAAAAAAAAAUGAAAAUACAUGUCUAAUCGACUUGGAGAUUAGUGAUUUAAAUAUCAUUCAAGUUAUUAAACCAUACAUAGUGAGAGUGUUAAGUAUUAAAAAUUGUAAUUCUUUCAAAGUUCGGUUGAAUUCAUUCGGAGCACAAAAAAUCUCAGAUGUUCUAAAUUCGACAAUAAAAUUUUUUCCUAUCUCCAAUCCAGAACUUUUCCAACUAUAUGUUGUUAAAAUCGACAAACAAUACAAGAGAGUAAAAUAUAUGGGCAAACAUAAGAGAGGUUUUAAAGUUAUAAUUGUAGAUGGAGUACCUGAUAGAGUAGUAGUCAAUGAAAUUUAUGCACUUCCCAAAUCAAUAAUGAAUGUGAAAACUACAGAUUUGUAUUGUUCUCUAGGGUUAAAAUAUAUAACAGAUUAUUCUAAUAAAUUAUUUAUUGACAUUUGUAAAAAUGGCAACACCAAAUUUAAAAUGGUUGUCAUUACAAACGAUCACAUAAACGAUCAUAUUGUUAAACUUUUUUUAGAUUCCAAAGAUGUCACAUCAAUGAUUUGUAGCCAACCUUCAUAAUUUUUAAUUUUAUGAAUAGCUUAAGAAACAAAAUUAUUGGCUGAUUUAUUAUUGUGAAUUAUAACAAAUUUAUUCAAAUUCUGA